AUGGAGAUGAUUGAGGAUGUUUAUGCGAAUGCAGAAGUGAUAGAAGACAACAGAUCUGAUUCCAGUGACAGUGAUCACUCAUAUGAGAAUGUUUGUGGGAAUCAAUACAAUGUGACCCAGGCGACCAAGAGACCCAGAAGCUCUAAACAUUCUGAGACUUCAGGUGGAGACACUGCAUGGAGCAGGUAUCAGAGACUGAUUGCACUCUGUAUGGUGCUGUUGUGUGUUCUCCUGCUGACUGUCAUCACAGUGCUGUGGAUCAAAUUCAGUAUGCUGAAUACAGAAAACAACCAGUUACAGACCAGAUACGAAACCCUGACUACAGAGAAGAGCGAGUUACAGUCUAGAUACGACACCCUGACUACAGAUAACAACCAGUUACAGUCCAGUUACAACACCCUGAAUACAGAUAACAACCAGUUACAGUCCAGUUACAACAACCUGACUAUAGAGAGAGACCAGUUACAGACCAGUUACAACAACAAGACUACAGAGAAGAACCAGUUACAGUACAGAUACGACACCCUGACUACAGAGAAAAACCAGAUUAAGAUCCAAAACAACCAGCUAAAGACCAGCUAUAACAACCUGACUAUAGAGAGAGACCAGUUACAGGCCAGUAACAAUAACCUGACUAUAGAGAGAGACCAGUUACAGACCAGUAACGACAACCUGACUAUAGACAGAGACCAAUUACAGGCCAGUAAAAACAACCUGACUAUAGAGAGAGACCAGUUACAGACCAGUAACAACAACCUGACUAUAGAGAGAGACCAAUUACAGGCCAGUAAGAACAACGUGACUAUAGAGAGAGAACAGUUACAGACCAGUUACAACAACCUGACUAAAGAGAGAGACCAGUUACAGACCAGUAACAACAACCUGACUAUAGAGAGAGAUCAGUUACAGACCAGUUACAACACCCUGACUAUAGAGAGAGACCAGUUACAGACCAGUUACAACACCCUGACUAUAGAGAGACACCGGUUACAGACCAGUAACAACAACCUGACUAUAGAGAGAGACCAGUUACAGACCAGUUACAACACCCUGACUAUAGAGAGACACCGGUUACAGACCAGUUACAACACCCUGACUAAAGAGAGAGACCAGUGUUACCAGUGUGACCAGUUUAAUUACACUUUGACUAUUAAAGAUCUUGUUCAACAAGGAUGGAGAUUCUUCAGCUCCAGUAUUUACUACAUUUCUCAUGAGAAGAAGAGCUGGGCUGAGAGCAGACAGGACUGCAGAAAGAAAGGAGCAGACCUGGUGAUCAUAAACAGCAAAGAGGAACAGGAGUUCAUCAUAACCCACCUGGUAAACAAUAUACAGGCUUGGAUUGGUCUGAGUGACAGAGACACAGAGGGAAAGUGGAAAUGGGUGGACGGUACAGAACUUAACAGCGACACUGAGUACUGGUAUAAGGGGGAACCGAAUGAUGCAGAUAAUAAUGAAGACUGUGGUGAGAUCAGGGCAUUUCCAGAUAAAAUGGGCUGGAAUGACAAACCAUGCUCUCUUAAAACAUGGUGGAUCUGUGAGAAAAAUGUUUUGAAGUAG